AUGGACGCCCAACUCCCGGCCAUCGCCGUCAUUACCUCGUCGCGCGCCGUCAUCUCCGGCCGUCUGACCUCGGCCACGAUAGUCAUCUCUCGCACCACCGGUAAGAUCACUGCCGUCCUGGACUCUGUCAUUCCCGCUUCGGACUUCCCCGAGGGCACGCCGUAUCACGACUACUCGCCGCAUGUGCUGCUGCCCGGUCUGGUGGACGCCCAUGUGCACCUCAACGAGCCUGGCCGCACCGAGUGGGAGGGCUUCUACACCGGCACGCAAGCGGCCGCCUUUGGAGGCGUCACCACCGUCAUCGACAUGCCGCUGAAUGCCAUCCCACCCACCACCACCGUCGCCGGCUUCAAGGAGAAGCUCCAGGCCGCCCAGGGCAAAUGCUGGGUUGACGUCGGCUUCUAUGGUGGCAUCAUCCCCGGUAACGCCGGCGAACUCAAGGCGCUUGUCCAGCAGGGUGUCCGUGGCUUCAAGGGUUUCCUCAUCGACAGUGGCGUGGACGAGUUCCCCGCCGUGUCGUCGGAAGACAUCCGCAAGGCCAUGGCCGAACUGGCCGACGAGCCCACCACUCUCAUGUUCCACGCGGAGAUGGUGCCCCCCGUCACCGGCGGCAGUGAGCCCGAGGCGCCCGCCGGCCCCGUCGAGGCCUAUUCGACGUUCCUGGCCUCGCGGCCGUCGUCGUACGAGACCUGCGCCGUCGAGGAGAUCCUGUCGCUCGCUCACCUCGCCCCCAAGCUGCCCCUGCACAUCGUGCAUCUUUCCGCCAUGGAGGCCAUCCCGCUGCUGCGCCAGGCCCGCGCCAACGGCGUGCCCAUCACCGCCGAGACCUGCUUCCACUACCUUUCGCUGGCCGCCGAGGAGAUCCGCGACGGCGACACCCGCCACAAGUGCUGUCCGCCCAUCCGCUCGCAGCGCAACCAGGACGCCCUGUGGGCCGAGCUGGAGCGCUACGCCGACGACGGCGUCAUCCAGACCGUCGUCUCCGACCACUCGCCCUGCACGCCGGACCUAAAGCUGCUCCCCGCUCACGUCCCCGGCGGCGCCAGCGACGAUGCCCCCGCCGACGGCCCGGCCAAGACCCUCAACAACAACGAGGGUAGCUUCUUCUCCGCCUGGGGCGGCAUCUCCUCCGUCGGCCUGGGUCUCCCCAUCCUGUGGACGGAGAUCAGCCGGCGCAAGGCGCUCUCCGGCGCCGACGACACCAAGACCCGCCAGGCCCUGCAGGACAUCGUGCGGCUGUGCUGCGCCAACACCGCCGCGCAGGUCGGCCUGGAGCGCCAGAAGGGCGACCUGGUGCCGGGCUUCGACGCCGACAUCUGCGUCUUCGACGACUCCGCCGAGUGGGUUGUCGAGCCCAGCACCAUGCUCUUCCGCAACAAGUGCUCGCCGUACCAGGGGCGCACGCUGCGCGGCAUGGUGCGCGAGACGUGGCUUCGCGGCGAGAAGAUCUUCAGCCGCGACGGCGGCUUCAGCAGCAAGACCCCGUCGGGUACCCUGCUCCUCGAGAAACGGGUUUGA